CUUGUCCAAGCGCGUGUCUUGAUUGCUCAUUAAAAAAUCCCGCUGAUCUUACCAACCCGAGUGGUAAUGGAGGAGUUCAAUGUAGCAGCUGUCUUCCAGGAUUUGUACUUGAUAAUGGUAAUUGCGUUAAGACUUGUCCUCCCGGAAAAGUAGUUAAUCCAAAUGACAAUUUAAAUUGCAUAGCGUGUAACAGUGCAUGUGCAACUUGCAGUGGUCCUUCAGCAUCGGAAUGUUUGUCGUGUUCGGCAUCAAAUCAAUUUGCAUUGAAUGGAAUCUGUUCAUCAGCCUCAUGUCCAUCAUCAUAUUUCACCCAAAAUACUUCUU